AUGACGCUCCAGCCCUACUUCGAGCGCGUCCCCUCCAUCCUCUUUAAGCCGGACGGCUCCGUGUUGUUUGAAUGCCUGUGCAACGGAAACCCUGAGCCCGAGGUGAAAUGGUUCUUCAAGGACAAGGAGUGCGUUGGUGACCGGUACAUUGCCAAGAAGAAGAAGAUGGUCGGCAAGUACACGUGCACUCUGCAGAUUAAGGGCCCAACUCAAGCCGACCAGGGCGUCUACAAGGUGACGGCGACGAACAAUCGGGGCACACAUUCCGUCGAGCAACCCCUAUCAUUAGUGCAGGUUGGCAAGGAGGUCUUCAAGACGCUGGAU